AUGAACAGAUCUGAGAAAUAUACGUGUGACACGUCACCUGGUACAUAUGCGAAGAGUUCCUAUAUUACUCCAGUGGAUGCACUGCACCUCAGUCAACAGUGGAAAAUUGAGAACUUCACAACUCUCGUGAAACUUGCUCUACCAGGAAACUGCUUACGAACAGGUUUGUUCCGUCACCCGCAACUUCCGGAAGCUUUCUGGCAGCUAUGUUUAUAUCCGGGAGGAAAGCGAGCUGAGAAUGCAAAUAAUGUUUCAUUAUUCCUGAAAAUGUCUUCUACAUCACCAACGAAAGAGGUACGUAUUAAAGUGGAAUAUCGGUUUCAUUUUUUGAAUGAUAAAGGAGUAGCGCUGUUCAGUAAUGUCAAUGUUGGUGAAUUUCAUGCUAAACCUCCCAAAGGUGGACAUUCCUGGGGUCUGCGCAAUAUUCCCAAGCAGAAGAUUCUGAACUGCGUACGGGAUGAUGGUUCACUUGUUAUAUCAUGCCAUAUUGAAUUGUUACCAGACAUCAACCAUACUCAGUGUUACAAUUCUUGGAAGUUGCUUAAUACAAAUGCCCGAACGGUAAGUGGUGACUUCGUGAAGCGGCAAUUAGCAGCAUUUGACAAUGGUUUUAUGGCUGACUGCGUUCUGGAAUGUUCUGGAAGACAGAUUCCUGUUAACAAAUUUGUUUUAUCGGCUCACUCAGAGGUAUUUAAAGCGAUGUUUUCGUAUGAUGAGUUGAUAGAAAGUACAGAGAAGAAAGUUAUUAUUGAAGACGCUGAAUAUGAGGCUGUGAGGUGUAUGCUACGAUAUAUGUAUACGGGAGAAAUGGAACUGGAUACCGAAGUGGCAAAUGUACUGACAUUAGCAGAAAGAUAUCAAAUGGAUGACCUUAAGUUAAUUUGCGAACGAAAGCUUUGCAAUCAGAUUGAUAAAAAUAAUAUUGGAGAGAUGCUGUAUUUGGCUGAUCUCUAUAACUGUAAAAUACUCCGAAGAGCCGCAGUCGAUUUGCUACGCACAAACCAUUCCGUAUUUGCAUCACACGCUUGGCGAUUACUGAAAGAAACGAACCCACAUCUUGUCACGGAGAUAAUGGAAAAAGCGAUUUUUGGUGAAGAAUCGCCACCACUGAAGCGACAGCGUCACCAGAAACUGCUGCUAUCACAGCCUUCGGAUGAUGAAUCUGUUUAA